AGCGCCGUCAUCCGCACCCCCGGGCGACCCGCAGGUGUGGGAAUUUCCCGGGACUGGGAGCUGCGAACUUUCCUUCCCCGGAUCAUGGAUAAAAGGGGUUCCUCCGUCUCCGGGAGCCACAGAUCUCGCCCAGCCAGCUCUCCAGCCAGCUCUCGAGCUCUAGGCACCGCCAACCAGACCCACCAAGCUGAGCACCAUGACCCGCACCGCGACCCCCACUGUCCCCCGUGUCCCCGGACUCCUCUGGGCAGCGCUGCUGCUCCUGCUCCUGGUCACCUCCUGCCGCCACGCUGCAGGGGCGCCUGUGGCCAAUGAACUUCGCUGCCAGUGUUUGCAGACCUUGCAAGGAAUUCACCCCAAGCACAUCCAGAGUGUGAAGGUGACAGCCCCAGGAGCCUCCUGCGACCAAACCGAAGUCGUAGCCACACUCAAGAACGGACAGGAUGUUUGUCUCAACCCUGAAGCCCCUUUCGUUAAGAAAAUGAUCGAAAAGAUGCUGAACAAGGGCAGCACCAACUGACCUGGAGAGAAGCAGCUCCUGGUGGUGGUUCCUGAAAGGAGGUCCCUGCCCUGAGGGGACUGAAAAUGAGAAGGGGACAAUGGCUUCCUGCAACAGCUACACAGGGAUUCCUGUGUUUGACUUUUCUAUUUAUCAGAGGUCUAUUUAUUUAUAUGUGUAUUUAUUUUUCAGAGCUCAUAUUUUAACAUUGUACAUGUUAGUAUUUAAAGGUGUGGAAGGUGUGAAUGUGUUUAAUGAAACAUAACUCAGUUCUGAUUGUUAUUUAUUUGAAGAUGAUGGAUUUUAAGUGUCUCAUGAGGCUAAUGUUUAUCGGGAGACCAUUAAGAGCCAGGCACUGUGAUAGAGCUGUAGGAGGAGGUGUGGGAGAGGGGAGUCUAAGCAACUGGACAGUGAAAUGGCUUAUUAGGGUCAGAGAAUGUGUGUGCACAUCUAUUUUUGUACUUGAGUAAAAGAAUGUCAUUCUUUAUUUAUUGAAACUAUUUCACAUUAGGUGGUCAGCACUUUGAUGUUGAAGCUUCCCUUGGACAUUUUAUGUCUUGCUUGUAAGGCACAAUGCCUUGUUUAAUGUUCAUUUUGCCAUGAUUUCUUUGUGUUCAAACAGAGGAGGUAAAACUACUGUUACAUUUUUACAAAUGACAUGAAA